GGCUGGGCUCGCGGGGACUGGGGCCCGCGCAGCACAGUGACGCCCGGCGGCGCGCGCCUCCUGCUCUUCCUCGUGGCGCUCAAGGGCUUCCUCCUGGCCGCCCUGAUGUGCUGCUUGCAGAUGCACACCAUCUGCACCGACAGCACGCCGAUCGAGCGGCUGCGGGGCGAGCGGCCCGCGGGCGGCCGCGGAUCUGCGUGGGCCAACCUCAAGGCCGUCUUCGGGUCCCGCGUCUCGCUGGCCUGGAUCAACCCCUUUGCCUCCCCCGAGCCUCGGAGGGCAGGAGGGUUCCACGAUGUGGUCUGAGGGUCUCGCGCUGAAACGGGGCGCCAGGGGAACCCCGCCAAGGUGUCACUACCCAGCCAGCAGCCAGCUCCCCCAAGCCAGGGGACAAAGGCACAGGCCGCCUUGUCAGCAGGCCGCGGGCCGCCCGUGACCAGCCUCGGCGUCCACAGAGGAGCGGACCCUGCCGUCCCAAAGCCGAGAAUGAAGUGUCAGGAGUUGCGAAACCCUUCCCAAAUGCGUGACUGUGGCGCUGAGGCAGCCGAGGUUGGUCCUUGGCCCGCAGGAGUUGCGUGGUGCCUUCCAGAACGCGCUCCCCGUAAACCCAACACCGCUCUGACCUGCUUCCUGCGCUCCGUUGGAUUUGGCAAACUAAUACACAGGAUUUCUGCUUUUUGAUUUAUCCAUGAAACAGCCCAUAAAUUUAUACCUUUAACUA